ACAACUACCGUUUUACCCGGGCCCGCUAAAUUGGGUCUCCAACGAGGUUUCCGUUGAAGACGAAAAACCAAACAACUUCCAUUUUUUCUCCCUUUCACUUUUACACCCUUCAAUCUUCUUCUCUCUUUUGUUUCUUUCUCAAAAUUUUGUAAAAGUUUUAACCUUUUUUCUGGGUUAGGGUAAAUAUCCCUUUUAAUCUUAAUUGCAAAUGUUGGGUUUUCAAAGGAUGUUAUGAUGAAGGAGCAAUCGAUGACUAACAAAUCCACCGAUGGUUCCACCCAGGGACCACCACAAGGAGAGAAUGUCGCCGCUGCUCCUCCUCCUCAAGCGGGGCCACCGGAGCAUCAGACCUCACGGUCCCGAAAUCAGGUGUUCAAGAGCGGGCCGCUAUUUAUAUCAUCCAAAGGAAUUGGAUGGACGUCUUGGAAGAAAAGAUGGUUUAUACUAACACGUACAUCUCUAGUCUUUUUCAGAAGUGAUCCUAGUCUAGCGCCUCAAAAGGGUGGUGAGGUGAAUUUAACCCUUGGUGGCAUUGACCUCAACAACUCAGCUAGUGUGGAAGUCAAAGCAGAUAAGAAACUAUUGACAGUGUUCUUCCCUGAUGGUCGGGAUGGACGAGCUUUUACACUUAAGGCUGAGACUUUAGAGGAUCUACAAGAGUGGAAGACUGCACUCGACAAUGCUUUGGCACUGGCGCCAAGUGCAACCAACAACGCUGGACAAAAUGGGAUUCUUAAAAGUGAUCAGGCUGAUGAAGCUAAUGGUGCUGCUGAUCAACAGACAGAUGGGCUACCUGGAAAAUCUAUGGUAAUUGGUAGGCCAAUUUUACUUGCUUUAGAAGAUAUUGAUGGAUCACCUUCUUUCUUGGAGAAAGCCCUCAGAUUUGUUGAAGACCACGGAGUCAGGGUUGAAGGAGUUUUGCGGCAAGCUGCAGAUGUUGAUGAAGUUUAUCGUCGAGUUCGAGAAUAUGAACAGGGAAAAACUGACUUUUCCGCAGAUGAGGACGCUCAUGUCAUUGGUGACUGUAUUAAGUACAUCUUAAGAGAAUUACCAUCUUCUCCAGUUCCAGCAUCCUGCUGCAAUGCGCUGUUAGAAGCAUUUCGAAGCGAUCGCAACAAUAGACUUAAUGCUAUGCGCACUGCAAUACUGGAGACAUUUCCGGAGCCAAACAGACGGUUACUGCAGAGAAUUCUCCAGAUGAUGCAAAUUGUGGCUUCGAAUAAGACAGUCAAUCGAAUGAGCACAUCAGCAGUGGCAGCUUGCAUGUCUCCUUUGCUUCUCAGGCCCCUUCUUGCUGGUGAUUGUGAACUUGGAGAUACACAUAUGGAUGUGGCUGGAGAUGGUUCAUUCCAACUUCUUCAAGCAGCAGCAGCAGCAAACCAUGCUCAAGCUAUCAUUAUAACACUAUUAGACGAAUACGACAAAAUAUUUGGGGAAGGUUCGAUGUCGGAUACUGGAUUAUUCUCCGACUCUGAUGAGAGUGGGAGUGGGACAGAAGAGGCCAGUGAUGAUGAUAUGUAUGAGGAUGAUGAUGAUGAUUACCUUGAAGAUGAUGACCAUGAGGAUGCAUCAGAUGAUCACGAUGAAACAGAUGAUCAUGAUGAAACAGAUGAUGACUAUGAACAUUCAGUAACUGAAACAUUAAGUGGCAGUGAUGACCAUGGAGAGAGUGAUUCUUGUGAUGAUAAGCAUAGUAGAAGGUCAAGCUCAAUUGUCAGGCCUCCUGCAACAGAUCAUAUUAAUGUAGAAAACCAGAGAUCAUCAUCAGCUUCACCUCGUACUCCAGAAUCUCAGCGUGAUCAUCUGCAAGGUGUUGAUGAUAACAUAAAGAGAAAUGAUGAUAGAUUGGUGACUAAAGUUGACUCUAGAAAAAUACAAAGAGAUAUUCCAGCAGAGACAAGUACCAUUAAAGAAUUCGAUAGUUCCAGCCAAAUGUCAUCAACUAAGUUCUUUGGAUCCUCUCAAGUCAGACGCCAAAGGUGGGGAAGAACAUCGGCAAAGAAGAACCUUUCGAUGGAAUCCAUUGAUUUCUCACUUGAAGAUGAGGAUGAAAUCCAAAGACUUGAGGCUGCCAAGCUUGAGCUGGAAAAUAGAAUUGAAGAAGAGGCUAAUGGUAACGCAAUUUUGCAAGCAAGUUUGGAGAGACGAAAGAAAGCCCUACAUGAGCGUCGCCUAGCUCUUGAGAAAGAUGUGAUUCGGUUGCAAGAACAGCUACAAAAGGAAAGAGAUUUUCUAGCAACUCUGGAAUCUGGAUCUGAAUUUGAUAUUUCUCAAGUGCCUGAUUCAGCAAGUAUUGAUGAAAAGAUGAAGGUUGAGAUUCAAAAAAUUGCUUUAGCUGAGGAAAAUUUUAGUAACUUGAAGCAUAGACUUGAUGAUAUUGAUGCAGAGCUUCAUCAUCCACAUGAGCAAAACGCAUUCUUUCUGCACCAAAGGAACAAUAAAUUACACGACUCUUUAAGUCAAGGGACUAUGUUGGUAAACAACAAGGACAAUGAGAUGAAAGAUGAGUUACAUCUUAAUGAAAGAUCAAGCAAAAAUGAGGGACAACAGGAUUCUAACAUGGAUGGAGCUGAUCGUGAUAAUGAGGGAAAUAAUGAUUCAGCAAAGAUUAAAAUUGAGCGGAACUUUAAAAUGGAUGGAGAUGAUCGUGAGAAUGACCGGAAAAAUGAAUCAUCAAACAAAAACCAGAACCAGGCGAGUGAUGUAUCACGAGGCAGUUCUUCCAAAUUCGGAUGGUUUCCAAGUAAUUCAUCAUCCACGGAUUCCCCAAUCCCCAAGGGUAGUCCCUCCACUUCAAGAAAGUCGAGUUUAAAAGGCGAGGGAAAUAGCUCUACCACUUCUGCACUGUCCAAACUGACAACCCGGCUCAACUUCUUGAAAGAAAGACGUAAUCAAAUCGCAAGUGAGCUCCAAAACAUUGACAAAGGUCGAGGAUCUUCAACGCAACCCACCCUAAGCCCUGGGAAAGGAAAAAUUCCGGAACCUAUCCAUACAGCCCACAAUCCCGACAAAAGUCAAGGUUCCGAAGCUACCUUCUCGGAGAACUCGGAAGAUCGUGUGCACCAAUCAUCACAUAGUUCAGGCAAGGGUUCAUCAACAGAAGUUGAUAACAGGAAUAACAAGAAGACUGAUAACAAAGACAACAAAAAGACUGAUAAGGACAGCAACAAAAAGACUGAUAAAAAGGCUUCGAGCUCAAAGUCAGAUUCUUCUUCAUCACAGAAUCAGCAGCAACUUGAUAGAAUAAAGUCAGAAGGAGGUCAAUCAUCAUCAAAAAACUCAGAUAAAGCUCGACGACAAGAUGGUCAGCAUUCUAGUACUCCUAGGACACUAUCUAGAUGAUUAGUAGUCCAAAAAUAUGAAGUUCUUUUACUUCUUUGACAGUCAUUAACAGGGUUACUUAAUUACGUGGUACUACAUGGUUUUUUAUAUUUAUUAGCAUCAGAUUCAGAUUAGUGUUAUAGUGGUGACUUCAAUACACAGUGUCAAGACCUCAUUGAACCCUCUUUGUACAGAACCACAGUUGGAUGAUUCUUUUAUAACUGAAAUUGGAAAAUUAGUUUAUUCUUU